CAUCUAUCUAUCCUUCUUUCCUUUCUCUCUCUUCUUAAUUUAUUAGUCAUAAGAAAAAAAUUGAAUUUUCCUGUCUUUAAACUAAGAUAUAUUUAUCAAGAAAUCAAUAGCCCAUAACUCCAUUUCCUUUGGUUUCUGUGAUCCUAUCAGACCCAUCAGACUAGUUUCUUAAAAGACAAUCUUUGCAAUUCUUUCUUUGUUACUUUCUUUAAAGUUCAAUUCUUUUUUGGUUUUUCUUGUAAAUUAAGGAGUUUUCAGAUCUUUAACAAGAAAAGGGUUAAUUGUUAUGUCGAUAACAUUAGAGUGUAAUAGCAAUAGAGGGAUGAGAGAGAUCGAACCGAGAGGGAUUGUGUGUGUUGCUACGGCGCGGAUCUUUGAGUCUCCGGUAGCGGAGGAGAGGGCAGAGGUGAAUGAAUGUAGUAGCUCAUCGGAGGCGGCUUCUUCUACGACGUCGUCGAUUGGGAAGAAUAGUGAUCUAUCCUCUAAUGGUGAGAAUUGUGAAGAUGAAAAUGAAGUCCAAAGUGCUUUUAAAGGAACUCUGGAUGCUAUGGAUGCUUUGGAGGAGGCUUUGUCCAUGAGAAGAGGCAUAUCAAAAUUUUACAAUGGUAAAUCAAAAUCUUUCACAAGUCUGGCCGAGGCAUCCUCCUCUUCAUGCAUUAAAGAAAUUACAAAACCAGAGAAUGCUUACACCAGGAGACGAAGAAAUUUGCUUGCCUUCAAUCAUGUCUGGGAUAAGAAUAGAAGCUUCCCUCACCGAAGCAAUGGAGGCGGGAUAUCAAAGAGACCAAUUAGUUCAAGCAAAAGCACGUUGGCCCUUGCCGUCGCUAUGAGCAGCUCUGAGAGUAUUAGUAGCGCAAGUGAGGAUUCUACUUCAAGCUCAAUGUCCAAUACGCCCACACAUCUUCCACCGCUGCACCCGCGAUCCAGGACUUAUCAUAAUAAUCUUGCUUCGCUGCCAUCUCCACGGCAAAACUUCUCGCCAUGGCGUUCAUUCUCAGUAGCCGAUCUACAGCAAUGUGCCACUACAUCUGACAAAACUGACACAGACUUGAAAUAUAAUGUUACUCGUGUUUAAUCUUAAAAUAGCUUCUGUUAUCAUGGGGUUGCUGGAGAGAGGAGGUCACUUUCUGUGAUCACACCAGAGUCUCCAGCAGUCGCCCCCUUUGUAUGCUUCAUCUUUUUGCAUAUAAAUGAGAAUGUUCCUGGAGGAUACAAAUCAA